UUUACAAAUUACAAAUUUAAUAAAAGAAAUGUCUUUUGAUGCAUUUUUAGAUAUGCUAUCAUAUAUAUAUGUAGUACUACUUGAAGGCAUAAAGAAAAUAGUAAUUUACAAUGAGCUAUUCUCUACAAUUUUGACUGAUACUCAAAAUAAUAAUCUAGAGUUUCAUUCUGAUAAAAUUCCGCUUGAGAAUGAAAAAGGUUUAUCCAACAAAAAUUCACAGGUUGAUGAUAACAGCAAUUCAAAAGAAUCAACAGAAAUUGAAACUCCAACUAUCGAAACUCAUGUCGAAUCGGGAAAUUCAAAAAUUAGUACUGCUUCAAAAUUUACUACCGGAAUAAAAUCUAUAAUUAAAAGGACAACAUUUUUUACAACUAAGUCACAGGCAUCUCUACCAGAAAUAACUCCUAAAGUUUCAGAAUCUACGUCACCUAAUUCCCAAACAAAUGAAACAUUAGAUUAUAAUAGCCAUUACGCGACUGAUCUUUCACAAAUAAUACUUACAGUAACAGACUUGGCUCAUGUGUGGUGUGCUAACCUGAUCUCAAUUCGUGCAGACCAAAGUGUACAGCUAAAUAAAAAGGGCUUUUAUCGAUUAUUUAAUGUAACAUGGACGUUUGUAUCAGAAUGUGAAAGUUUAUGCGGUCGUGCAUGUUACGGUCUUCGAGGAACUAUUAUUUCACAAGCAGCAUCAGUUGAAAGCGAACAAUGGACACAAGCUGAGGUACCUAUUGACUUUCAGCAAGCUGUAAACCGAAUUGUAGCUGCUGCUGUAAACGGAUUAUCUGACUUUAGGUGUAAUCCACUUGACUAUAAAAAUGACAAUGAGCAAACUGAGCAAACUGAUCAAAAUAAGUCGGAUGUAAAACUAAAUAAUAACAAAUAUAUAUUUGUGGAGGAACGGCGAUUUUUCAUGGUUGGUUGUAGUUUAGUGCUCCUUAAAAUAAUUGAUGAUUAUUUAGGUUAUAUGGCCAAUAUUCCUCCACUGAGCACCGAGACGAUAAAUAAAAUUAUAGAAAUCUUAAAUGUUGGUGUUAAAUUAUAUUUUACUGAAAUUUAUCUCCGAACGAUCCAUAUUAAUUUGCUUCGAUUCAUUCAGUUAUUUAACUCAAGAACUUGUCAAGUGAUUUUGGGAGGCGGUGCUAGACAUUCGGCAGGAUUAAAAAUCAUCACCGCCAAACAUUUAGCGCUUGCAUCUCAAUCACUUGGUGCUAUCAUUACACUAAUCCCGUUUAUUCGUGAAUGCAUCCGAAAUAACCUUAGUGAUAAACAAAUGAUAAUGCUAACGGAGUUUGAUCGGAUUAAAAGGGAUUAUAUAAACCAUCAAAGUGAGGUGCAUACUAAACUGGUAUCUAUAAUGGAUGCACGCCUACUAAUUCAUCUUAAAUCUUUUGAGUCAAUAAUGUGGGAUGAGUCUAAUACAAAAGAUAGACCAAGCUCUUAUAUAGAAUUGUUGGUAAAGGAGAUUAUUAAAUUUCAUAAUGUCUUAAACAAAAUUUUGCCACAGGAAAUUUUACAGAAAAUAAUGUCAGAUGUACUCAAAUCAUCGAGUUCAAAACUUGCGGAAGAAAUUGCUAAAGUGAACAUUUAUACGCCUGCCGGAAAAGAGCGAAUUAUUCAAGAUGUACGAUUUUAUACUCGUAAACUAUCGGCUUUAAAUCUUCACGAGCUAACUAAUGAAUUAGAAAACGUAGUUAAUAAUUUACAAGUUAAAGAAAAGAAAUCGGACGGAGAUGAAAACGUUGAGUUAACCUCAUCCUCUACAUAG